AAGUGACAUCUUGCUUACUACUUUGCAUGUGAUCACUGAUUGGCCAAUCAGUGAUCACAUGAUCGGGACCUCGUACAGAGGUCCCACCCGACGAUCGGUGUUUCACUGUGUCCGGAGGACACAGCGGGCACCGGAUCGUGGUGCUGCGCGCUCCCAGGGAGCGCGCACAAGCAGGGUACCUCGUCUAUUUGAAAAAAGAUUUCCUUGGUCUUAAAAUGGAGACGUAUGCACAUUUAUAUGGGACUUUUUUUUUUUUUUUUUCUAGCAACAA